CCUGUCAAUACAUUGUUUGCUCUACAUCGUUUUCUUUAGUACACCAAGUUUCAUGUAUAAUUCUACUCACUUUUUUACUAGUGUUUUUUUCUAUUACUGCUGUUGCCUUACACAUUUUGACGAUUAUCUUUUUGAUUAUGUAGCCAUUUGUAAAGAGGAAUGCUUCAAUAAUGGGGAGUGCGUUGACUCUUUGAAGAAUCUGUGUCGUUGUAAACAAGGAUUUUGUGGAAGUCGAUGUGAAAAAAGUAAGAUCCUUCUCUUCUCUAUGGACUAUGCAGAAGAUAUCACCGACUAUUUUCGGGGAAUUUACUAAUCAAAUCUUUUUUCUAGGCGGGGAAGCUUGUGAAUAUUUCGAGCUCUACUUCCGCAUUACGAACUUGGCGAGGCAAAGCGUCGUAUUAUUUUCAAGUGAUGGCAUUCCCGCUCGGGGAUCUGAGAUCGGAGCGCGUCGUAUCGUAGAGAUUCGUAAGAAGACGUCGAAUCAAACUCCUGUGACGUUUCAAGUCAAACGAGGCAACACUUCGUUUCUUCUCAACACUAAACCCAACGUAACAUUACUUCCAGAAAGACGAGUAAGACAGCCGACAUCUUUGACUAUUAUAGAUCCCAUUCCAUCAAAACUCUACGUCAUAAAUCUUCGCGUUAUUAAUUUGGCAAAAACAAACAUAACACUCAAAGCGAGCGACGGAAUUCCAGAGAUAGGCUUCAACAUCAAGUCUAACGUUAUUGUCGAGAUUACGAAGAAGACAGAUAAUUCGAAUAAUAUUGACUUCGAGGCGUACGAUACAAGAACGAACAAACGACUUUUGGUGAAUGGAAAACAAAAGUUUAGUGUUACACCAACGGAGACGAGAGGACGGCCUGUCUCCUUGACGAUUAAAUCAACUGCACCUUCAGUAAAGAAUUAUUACUUGACUUUUCAAGUCACCAAUCUUGCACGAUCUGACAUCAUUUUAUUCCCACAUGAUCCAACUUUGAAAGAGGCAGUCAAUAUCAGUAGAAACACGAUCGUGAGGAUAAAAAUGACGAUUCAAGUAUUUUCAGUUGUCACUUUAACGGUUCUCGAUGCUAAAACCAAAGAAGAACUGUUUAUAAAUGGAACGAAAACUUUUGAAGUUAUUCCCCAACCUGUGCUUGGAGCUCCUGUGCCUUUGACCAUUACUAGAACACCAAAUGAAAUCCAAGCUUCUACAAAUUACAUCGUGGUUCUAGUGCUCAAUAAAACACCCAGAAAGAUUGUCUUAAAAUCAAAUGACAGCGAACCACCGGAAGGCAUUGAGUUUGCUCCGAAAACUAUCUCCCUCCUUACAAAACCCACGCGCUUAAAGCAGCCAAUCAUUUUCACGGCAAUUGACGCAGAGAGUGGUAUGGAUCUGCUCAUCAAUGAUGGAGCGAAUGUCUCACUUGUUCCCAGUUCCAACAAAAAUAACACUGAGAGCUUGACAAUUUCAUCAGGCUCUACUAAAAUCAAGCCGUACCUUUUUUGGUCAUUUUCCACUAUCAUAAAUGGAAGCAUUCCUGGUCACGUGCCCUUUCAUGUUCAUGGUCACGUGGUGUUGUCCGACGGUGUAUUAUACUUUGAUGGUGAAUCAGAUUACCUUUCUGCUCAACAGAAAUCAACUGAUAUCCUUGUUGAUCCCACAACAGCCAUACAAGGACUGGCGUUUGGGAUCAAGUUGAAGAUGGAGGGAGCAAAGAAAUUUUUCGAUACGCCAAGAUUCGUGAUGGAUACUGGAGCGACUAGUUCAAAGACAACAGGUGUGUCUCUUUACAUUCUCAAUGGCCACUUGAUCGCAGAAGUUGCCACGUCGACAAAAAAAUGGAAGACGUUCAUCGACCUUGUCUAUGACAAAUGGCUAUAUGUUAUCGUAAACUGGAACUCAACGGCUGGCCUCUAUAUGGCAUUGGAUGGUUAUCCAAAAUCCUAUGAUCUCAAUGGCGCUUCCGUUACUGGACUAUUAUCUCCGUCAACGAAUCCCAGUUUGUACAUCGGUCGUAAUGCCUUGGGGCCUGGUUUCUACUAUACCACGUUCUAUCUCGAAUCUUUCGUGGUGUUUGACAAGUUCCUCUCUGAGGCACUCCUCCUUCCUAUAUAUUUUCACUAUAAGAAUAAUGGUAAGACAGUAAUUUGGAAGACUCUUUAUGUCAAUAAUUUACCAAAGAUACGAGUAACGCCAACGAAAUUUGACGUAGAGGAUAUCAGUGUUGUCAUCUCUGAUAAAUCGAACAUCAAAGGUAUGUCUUCCUUCGAAGCAAUUGGUUGUUUCAACGACAAGGAAAAUACUCCACCGUUUACCGAACUGUUGGCUGACUUCAAUGUCUCAACAGAAGACGUUUCAACGAACAGGAAUAUCAUAAUGAAAUGUGCCCUACUCGCCACAAGAAAAGGCUACAACUUGUUUGGUGUCCAAGACGCUGGUAAGUGCUGGAGUGGUCCUGGUAACGAGUCCAGUUACUCCAAAGGUGGAAAAUCGUUAAAAUGUGGCGAUGGUAUGGGGAGAGCCGACGCGUUUUACGUGUACAAGUUUAGUGAUGAAGUACCAGAACUUCGCGCAAUGUUCUAUCUUGCUGCUAAUAUUUACAACAAAUACGGAAAACCGGUGAUAUUAAAAUUGUCUGACAGUCAACCGGUUGAUCAAGUUAUACCGGUAAAUGGCGUGGCUCAACUCACGAAGGAUGUUCCUAACCAAUUCCCAGUCCUUUUCGAGGCGUUUGAUGCGAACAUGCCCACACUAAAACUGAGUUUAAACAACAAGAAAGGAGUCAGUAUUACACCAUCUAUUGUUAAAGGGGCUCCACACACUAUUGUCAUCAAAGACGGUGAAACAGCACAUGGAAUACAAAGUUUUUCAUCAGCAAUGGGUACAUCUUUGUCGACACACACGACAGAUUUCAUGCUUUCACCUUGGACCAUCAGGUUGAAAAUUACCAACAAAGUUCACCGUGAUAUUAUCUUAUUUUCCGACGACAAUGAGCCGCCUCAAGGUUUCAAGAUCAAAGCAAAAUAUGAGGUGACAUUGACUAAGGUACUCAACAGCAACCAGAAAAUAAGAUUUCAUGGCAUCGAGGAAAAGAGUCAUCAGUUAGUGUUAUUGAACGGUCAGACGUCAAUUAAAGUAGAAGCAAAGCAAAGAACACCGAUGGCUGUUUCAGUCACUAUAACUGAAUUGAAGGGAGAAACGUCAAAUAUAGAGAGUAACGAAAAUUCAAGUGAAGAAGCUCCCCCCGUGCCAGCAAAGCAUUCGUGGUUCUUUUCCCGUAUUGUGAAUGACAAAGUUCCCGGGGUUGUACCGCUUACCGUCCAUGGAAAGACAGUAGUUGAAAACAAUAGUAUAAUCAUGGAUGGUUUGAGUUCGUGGUUUGAUGGAUAUCUAGAUGAGAUAGAUUGUCUUCUAGCGCCUGAGAACUGCCCAGAUGGAUUGUCCGUUGCUUUCAAAAUGAUGUAUAAGAGUCUAAUAGUCUUUCCAGACAAACGCUAUGUUUUUGAUACUGGUGUGCUGAGUAAAGGAUUACGUGGGAUCGCGAUAUACAUUCAAGAGGGACAAUUGUUUUGUGUCCUUAGAACGAUGUCUGGACAAUGGAAGCUCGGAAUGUCUGUACAAAGUGAACGACAGAUAUAUGUGGGUAUCUCUUGGUCUGAGAAUCGAGGCUUGUUCCUAUUCUUAAACGGGAAACUUAUCAAACAUACUAAUGUCAAAGCGCCAAAAACGACAGUGCCAAUCGGUGCUACAUCGCCAAACAUCGUAUUUGGUCGGUCAUUAAUCGGCACGGGACAUGGAAUGUUUCAACUUGCCUCGUUUUUGACAUUCACAACGUUUCUAAGUGAAAAAGCGAUGGGUCAAGUUUAUAAACAUUAUUGGCGGAUUGGUGGUCCUGAAGGCAGUAAAGAAAAGUCGUUCAUGGAUAUAAAGAUUUCAAAUCAAGUUGCGGCGGAUAUUGUUUUGAUGUCGAGCGAUAAAAUGCCCUUGAAUGGAAUCACGAUUCUCAAAGGCGUCACCUUAAGCUUUGAGAAACAAUUCCUUAUGGAGAAAACGGUUACGUUAACAGCAAAGAAUGUUGUAAAUGGACAGACUGUUUAUCUUAAUGGGAAAAAGGAGUUGAUGCUGAAUUCUGCCCCAUUUGGCGAGCAUGCUUUAACAAUCGUUGCUUCUGAAAAAUCUGUACAAACAGGGAUCUUGCAUUAUUACAUCAUGUUAAAAGUGCUCAAUAAAGCCGGAGUUGAUAUCGUUAUGAAAUGUUCAGACGAACAGCCAAAACAUGGAUUUUACGUUAGCAAAGGUUUUAUUGUCGUCAUCACGAAACUGACCAAUAGUGUAACACCUGUCGUAUUCACAGCCAAUGACAUUCAUGGAAAUGUCGUCCUACUAAAUGGUACUCCUGAACUUAAGCUCCGUCCAAGUGUUGUAAAAGGCUCGCUUAAAAAUAUCACAGCUGAAACUACAAAAGCUGCAUCAAGACCACGUUAUUACCUAAGCAUAAAAUUGCUGAACAAAGUUGGCUCAGAUGUCGUGUUGAAGACUAGCGACAACAACCCGACGUCUGGAUUCACGAUCAGACAAGGAUUGAUUGUUCAAAUUACCAAAACAGUCUCUUCAACCCAACCGAUUACUUUGACAGCAUUGACGAGCAAAGGAGAUACGGUUGUUUUGAAUGACGCGAAAAAUAUCACCAUGAAUCCUUCUUCAUUUAAAGGACAGCCGUUAACCGUUGUCAUGAGCCCAAUCGCAGCAGGUCAUUUACCCAUCUACUAUCUGGUCAUGAAAAUUGCAAACAGAGCGGGAUACAGUGCAACAAUUAUCCCUAAUGAUCUUCAACCACCCCAGUUUCAAGUUCGAAGAGGUUAUCUUGAGAUUGUAACGAAGAAAUCUCACAGCGGCAAGGCCGUUGUUUUCAAAGCUGUGAAAACAGGCACAAAUGAAGCUUUGAGCAUAAAUGGAAACGAUAGCAUUACGAUUACUCCAAGUUUAGUGAAAGGAAACCCCGUCCUGCUGAAUCUUAAAUCAAAAGAGGGCAAAGUAAAAGAUGAAUAUAUGAAACACGAAGCUGAAAUCCCAUUCUACAUGAACCUUCAUGUUAGCAACCAGUCUCCUGUCGAGACUAUCUUUUUCCCGGCCAAAGAAACCCCGGAUAGCGGGUUUCAUUUGAAUCCCAGCAGCGCAAUUAACGUCAAGGAGACUUUGAACCGUGACAUACCGCUGACCUACUUGGCUUUGCGCGCGGACAAUCAUGAAUCUCUGAUGUUGAAUAACGUCAGAAAAUUGACCGUAGUACCUUCUCGCAGUAAGACAUCAAUUUCGACAAUCAACGUAACGGUGCCGCAAGUGAAUUCUGGGAAAUCUUUCAGUCCAGCGAGUUCGUUCAACCAAAAUUGCAGCAACACACUUUGCAAUGCUACAGUACCCGACCGUUAUAUAACUCUCAUUCUUCAUAACGAACUGGGGCGAGCUGCAAGGGUUUUACCCAGCAAAGGCAAGCUGAAAGAGAAAGGAUAUGUCGUUGAACCGUUUGGUUUCGUUCAAGUGAAUAUUAUCAUCAAGGAAAAGAUUUACAACGAAGCAAUCACAUUUAGAGGAGAGGCAAAAACUAAAAUGGACCUUUUGUUAAAUAAAGCCACCUUACCUCUCUCACUAGCUCCUUCUACUACACCAAGUUAUAUUGACAAAGUAUCUAUUACUGCCGAAGCUCCAGAUGUAAAACCUAUUCAAUCGUGGUCAUUAUCGUCCUAUGAUGGAACUAUGGUUAAAGGUAGUCCCAGUCUCUUGGGCCACGGGAAAAUCGGAGCAGCUGAAGAAGGCUUACACUUUGACGGAGCGACAUCAUCUAUGGAUGCAUAUAUCGAGAGAUCACACUGCCUUCACGAUACAGAGAUGUGUGAUAAAGGUUUCAGCUUUGGAACCAAGUUGAAGUUUGACAGCAUAACGACUGGCUUUACUGAGCCGAUGUUUAUACUGGACAGCGGUGGACAUGGAAAAAAUACUAGAGUUUCACUUUAUAUCGAGAACUCAAAACUAGUUGUUGAAGUGUCGACAGCCGACAAGAAAUACAUCGCCUCGGCGGCUCUUAUAAUAGAUCAGUGGAUCUACGUCAUCGUCACAUUCCAAAAGAACAAAGGUGUACUGCUGUAUUAUGAUGCAAAGUUACGUAGUGCGAACAAGACUGGGCUACCUGUGUCUGAUACCCGGCCUGUAGACACAGACAAGAAUCUUUUGAUUGGUCGAAACAUUGAAGGACCACCCUAUCAUUAUGCAGCAUUUGAUAUGGCGUCAUUGACGAUAUUUCCCGAGUCCUUGAACGAAAAUGAUGUAAACAAGACGUUUUUAUUCUUUUGGACAGGAAAAACAGCAAAAAUUCACUAUAUGAUUCUACGCAUCAUUAAUGGAGCUGGUCGAACUGCACUAUUAAAACCUGACAAAGGGAAGGACGAUGGUUUCGUUAUUCUGCCAAACAGCACUCAGCAAAUAACGAUGAUGUCGAUGAGUACGAACGAAGAUCCGAUAGAGCCUGUGACAUUUCACGCCAUCGACAUUGAAACUUCAACAAAACUUAUGAUUAAUCACUUUAUUCGACCUUUUGUUGUCGUGCCUAAAGAAUCUGGAAAAGAUUUGAAGACGGUCUUGAUAACUGCACCUGCUCCAUCCACACUUCCCAAAUAUUUAUGGAAUUUCAAAAACGUGGACAAGGGAGUGGUCAGCGGUAACGAACCCAAACUUUUGGUACACGGUGCUUAUAAAAUUGGAACACAGUCUUCGUCUUUACCUGGUGAUACGUGGGUGGACGUUGGUGAUUAUAAAGGUUCUUGUAUCAGUGACCCUCAAGUCUGUGAAGAAGGCAUGGCCGUAGCGUUGAAGAUCAAGAUUAAUGAUGAAGCUAUCAAAUAUAUUGACGAGCCGGUGUACAUUCUGGACAGCGGUGGUCACGAUUCACAAUCACGUGGUUUUACUUUACAUCAUCAAAAAAGCAGAUUGUACUGCGUUGUUUCCAUCUCGAAUUCUGAAUGGAAGGUAUCCUCUGAUAUCCCAUCCCACAAAUGGACAUACGUCAUGUUCACGUGGAAGAACACUGAAGGUUUGUCACUUUACAUUAAUGGACAGUUGAAAGAUCAUAUGAAACAUGCGAUCGACACACCUGGGAUGCAUCACACAGACAAUUUUACCCGCUUUGAAAUUGCGCGAAAUACCGCUGGUCCUCCGUACGGACAUGCUCAAUUUACUAUCAACUCUCUCGCCUUCUUUGACCAACACCUCUCAAAAGCUGAAGCUCUUCGAGAAUAUAUUUACUAUUGGGGAAAUGCUGCAUCGACCUUGUCCAAUCGUUACAUUAAAGUUCGUUUUGACAACAAAGCUGGCACGAAUGUCCGUAUAACUCCGAUCAAGGAGACUGCAAAGCAUCAUGGUUAUUCAAUCAAGCCUCAUAUGUCCCUGGAACUAUCUUUCGUUGCUAAGGAAGCGUCCUCGAACAUUCCAGUCAUAUUUCGUGCAGAGGAUGAGCUCUCCGGCGACUUGCUCCUCAUUAACUCCUCAGAGGAGCCGUUCAUCGUCAGUCCCAGUGACUCAAACAGUCACGUGACUAUAGCAACUGUGACGUCAUCAGUUAAAUGCUUGUCUCCAAACGGCUUGUUUCCAGAUCCCACGAACGAGUUCGGUUACAUUAACUGUACUGCGGGCUCAGCAAAGCGAGCUCCUUGCCCAGUUGGGGCAAAAUGGGACGAGAGCACGAGAUCUUGUGAAGUUGAAGCGACGUGUCAACAGGUCUGUAUAAAUGGUGGAGAGUGCAAGAAAGGAAAGUGUGUUUGUCCUUCUGGCUAUUCAGGAGGAUAUUGUGAAAUUGAACAUACGUGUGAGCUUCCACUUGAACUCGGUCCGUGUUUACAUGAAUUAAAAAAGGAAAUUAUGGAAGGAAAAGCGGAAGAAAGAAGCGAAAAUUGCACAACAUUUCUCCGUGAAGUUUUUAACGGUUGUCCCACCCGAGGUCCAACCUACACGCAGGCUGGAUGCGAAACACACUGUGAUCCGACGUUCCAUAACAUCUGCGCUAAAAUUUGGAAUCCAUCGCAUUGUGAAACGGACACUGAACGUUUUCGGUUCAAUGCGCUCACUCGAGCUUGUGAUCGGUUCAUCUAUUCUGGUUGCCUAGGAAACAAAAACAAUUUUAUCUCUGAAACGUCAUGUAACCAGGCGUGUUCCAUUGGCCUAAAGCGUCGCAGACGGCAAGGGAUCGUGCGAUUUUUCUUUAAAAGAACGUUUUGAUUGACUUCAUUUUAUUCAAACUUUGUAUAAAAGAAACGAACGUUGCAGGAAGUACAUGAAUUCAAUGAUUUCAAUGUGCACACAUGCAUACAUAAUUGUGUUCAAAUUAAGAAUAUUAUUGUUGAGAUAGCAUAGUCAGGAAUAUUGAUUUUGCAAUAAUUUUCAA